AUGCCACGAUCCACAGACAUGAAAAUGAUAAAAGCUAAGCCAGAGUUAACAACAUCGUGCUGUUGUAAAAGCAAGCUGUAUAUUAACAGGAGUAUUGUGUUUAAGGCCCGAGAGGUAAUACUUACGCGCUACUUGUUGCUGGUGAGAUCUCGAUCUGCUAGUGUACCUUGUUCGGGACAGCAUGCCGUACCUCAGAAAGACUUGGGCAAGUUGGAGAAAGUCCAGAAAAAUACCAUGGAUAACACCACCGUCUCUUCUCCAUCACCAAGGCUCAAACACUACGCAACGGCCUUUGCUGUGUUUGAGUUCUUGACCACCUGCCUUCUGCGCGACACCUGGGGCCCUCCUCAGCCUUUGUGCCAUGUACCCUCAGGCCAGUAUCACCACAUUCGAAGCAGAAUGUCCCGUCACAGGAACGUACUGAGAAUUAAGCAUUCAACGAUCUUCAGUCUUGAUCUUGGAGGUAUAUCUGCUAUUGUACUGAACGGCUAUGAUGCAGUAAAAGAAUGCCUUGUUCAUCAAAGCGAAAUUUUUGCAGAUAGACCGUCUCUUCCCUUGUUUAAGAAGCUGACAAACAUGGGAGGCUUACUGAACAGUAAAUAUGGCAGAGGAUGGACAGAACAUCGCAAAUUAGCUGUAAAUACCUUUCGAAUUUUUGGAUAUGGUCAAAAGUCCUUUGAACACAAAAUUUCAGAAGAAUCUAUGUUUUUUCUUGAUGCCAUUGAUACAUACAAAGGCAGACCAUUUGAUCUUAAGCACUUGAUAACAAAUGCUGUUUCAAACAUUACUAAUUUGAUUAUUUUUGGAGAACGUUUUACAUAUGAAGAUACUGAAUUUCAGCACAUGAUUGAGAUUUUUAGUGAAAAUAUUGAAUUAGCUGCUAGUGCUUCUGUAUUUUUAUAUAAUGCCUUUCCUUGGAUUGGUAUCUUGCCAUUUGGGAAACACCAGCAGCUGUUUAAAAAUGCAGCUGAAGUCUAUGACUUUCUUCAUGAGCUUAUUGAACGUGUCUCUGAAAAUAGGAAGCCUCAGUCACCUCGACAUUUUGUAGACGCAUAUUUAGAUGAGAUGGAUUGCAAUGAAAAUGAUCCAGAAUCUACAUAUUCAAGAGAAAACUUAAUUUUCUCUGUUGGAGAACUCAUCAUAGCUGGGACAGAAACCACAACAAAUGUUUUAAGAUGGGCACUGUUAUUUAUGGCUCUUUAUCCAAACAUUCAAGGGCAAGUUCAAAAAGAAAUCGAUUUAGUCAUCGGCCCAAACAAAAUGCCUGCCUUAGAAGAGAAAUGCAAAAUGCCAUACACUGAGGCUGUUCUACAUGAAGUUCUAAGAUUCUGUAAUAUAGCUCCACUAGGUAUUUUUCACGCGACUUCCAAAGAUACUGUUGUGCGUGGUUACUCUAUUCCUGAAGGCACUACAGUCAUUACAAACCUCUACUCCGUUCAUUUUGAUGAAAAAUACUGGAGCAAUCCAGAAGUGUUUUCUCCUGAGAGAUUUUUGGACGGCAGUGGGCAGUUUGUCAAGAAAGAUGCAUUUAUUCCCUUUUCACUAGGAAGAAGACAUUGUCUUGGAGAACAACUAGCUCGAAUGGAAAUGUUUUUGUUUUUCACUUCAUUACUACAACGAUUUCACCUGUGUUUUCCUCACGGCGUGAUUCCAGAUCUCAAACCAAGAUUAGGCAUGACAUUACAACCACAGCCAUACCUCAUCUGUGCAGAAAGACGGUGA